CUGGGGGAAAGCUUGCACGCCCGCCCACCCCCAGUUGCCGCUGCUUCUGCUUUGAUGCAAAGGAAUGAAGAGGGGUUUCCUGAGGGGAGAGCGUGUGGUUGAUCCGAGGUGUGUUUGCUGGUGGCUGCAGACCUGCCGCCCUCUUUCCUCCCCAUGCGGGCGCUUUCCCCCAGAGGCUCUGAGUCCUGGUUGCUCCUACUGCGGGAUGGAGACGCAUGCUUUCUGGCUAGUGCAACUUUUCCUUUUCGUGCUGUGGGUUAAUGGUCUAAUGACACUUGGAUUUACAGGUGCACAUCAACAAGUGAUUGUCUGCAAUGAAUCGCUCAUGUUAGAAAAGUUGCCCAGAUGUGGAAAAUCCUUUGAAGAGAUGAUGAAGAAAGUGGACUCUAAAAAAUGGUGCAACCUAACAGAAUUUAUCCCGUAUUACGACAACUUCAGCCUCUGCACAGAACGGGAAGCCAUCGCCGCGAGAUGCUUUUGGCCAAACCGACUCGCACAGGGCUUCAUCAUUGGAAUUCAUAAACAAUUCUUUUCAAACUGUACAUCAGAAAAGGUCCACUGGGAAGAUCCACCGGAUGAAAUUCUCAUAACUCUGAUCUUAAUCCCAGUAUUUCUGAUGGUUACCAUGAUAUCUCUAGUGGUGUGGUGCAGUAAGAGAAGUGACAUUCUAGUGUAAGUCAUGCCUCCUGGCUUUUCUCAUCCCAUUCCUCUCUCUCUCUCUCUUUUUUUUUUUUUUUUUUUUGGUAACGAAAAGAAGAAUCAGAAAUAUCAGAUCUGCUGUGUUCUAACCUGUCAGGUACUAUGGGAGGAAACUGUCCUGUACUCAGAGAAGCAUUCUGCCUCUAUCUAAAGUCAAUGCUUCUAUACUGCAGGUUUUUAAUGUUGCUUAUGCAAAGACACCUUUUUUCCCCUCAAAACCGAUAAUCACAGCUAAUGUGAAUGGAAUUCACAUUCAGUUCUGGAUAACGGGAGACUUAUGAUGGAAAGUGAACCUGCUAACUUCAGCAGAGGUAAAGUUUCUUACCCAAAGUUAAAGCUGGUCAAUAAGCAUCGUUUUCCAGUAUGUGUGUGCAUAUACACAAUGGGUGAUUAAUUUGUAAUACUGACAGUGAGGCUCUUUUGAAAUUUUUAUGCUGGACACUUGAGGUUUUCAUUUGUGAACCUUGUGACUUGAAUGGAAAUUUGUCACCAAAGGAACUUAACAUGGAUGUUGCUGAGGGACACUUUCUUGGUGGAGAAUAAAAACCACACCCUACCAAGGACUGGAAGUAUUGUCUUGGUAAGAAACAAUUCAUAUGGCCAAUGGAUUAUCCUUGUGGAGAAGAGACUGUGCUAGGUUAAGUAGUUUUUAAAAUGUCCUUAAAGAUGACUUCUUAGAGCUUGCUGGCUUGAGAACACACUCCAGGAAGGAUGCAGGCUUUUCCCUAGAGGUGGAAAAUGAGAGGAAAUGGGGUCACCGUGAAUUUACCAAGGGCUGGUGAAGGAACUGUCAUAUGCCAGACCUAUCAUUUUAUUUUUUUAAUUAUUAUGCUUAUGUUGAUGAGUGUAUUCACUGUGUGCUCCUCAUUCUCACUUCACCCUGAAUCUUUUGUGCAAGUGAUGUCCUGUAAAUAAAAAAAGAUAAGAAGCUAUGUCAAUUGAGGUGCCUUUCAGUGUUUGAAUACUUCAUUUUUCAUCACCUACAGAAUGUGGAAGCUUAUGUUGUUAACAGCAAGGCAGUUUGAAUGAUGCUUGGAAUUGACAGAGGACAGAGAAAUGGAAACAGAUUCCAUUCAACAAGUUUAUAUUCGUCAUAUUCCUCUGUAAUGAAAUAUUUAGAUACAGUAUGCUCCAAAUAAAAUAACUUUAGUCCCUAUUGAAAACUUUUCUUGUCUGUCACAUGAAGUGUCCUCCAAGCCAAAUAUUCUGUUUUUACAAGUGCUCAAGAUCUCUUGCUCAUGAAUACACAUUCUCAUA